GGCGGUGGGCUACAAAAGGCGAGCUCGCCUUCUGCACAUUCGCGCUGACGGCGGGGGAGCGGAAUGAGUCUGGGGCCGACGUACCCCCCGCCCCGCAAGAGAAAGAAAGAGUCCACCCGAACCCGUCUCCAGGCCAGAGAUCCCCGCUAAAUCAAAUCAGAACCUUCUGGAAACCCAGCAUGCGGUCAACAGACAAGAUCGGCUACAGAAGAAUCAAAGCAUCUCCAAACGGGCAGGAAGCCAAAGAAGGACGGAAGGAGGAACAACGACAAAGGGAUGAUUGACAGCCCGCUGACCUGAUCAGCACCAGCAUGCCCGCAGGGCCGGCGGGCGCUCCACCUUCCGGGCGGCCCGCGGUCCCGGUCGCCCUGUUCCUGCUCCUGCACGCCGCCCUGGCCCAGAAGCCGGCCCGGCCGCCUUUGGUGGGCCGCCGGCCGUUCGUGGCCGCCUGGAACGCGCCGCUGGACGUGUGCGCCAUCAAGUACAACGUCAGCGUGGACCUGGACCGCCUCUUCCACAUCCGCGGCAGCCCCCGCGCCGACUGGUCCGGCCAGAACGUCACCAUCUUCUACGCCAACCGGCUGGGCUACUACCCGCGCUACACGGCGCAGGGCGAGGCGGUGCACGGCGGCGUCCCGCAGAACGGCAGCCUGGACGGGCACCUGUCCAAGGCCCACAAGGACAUCGAGCACUUCAUCCCCGCCGAAGACUUCCGAGGCCUGGCCGUCAUCGACUGGGAGUUCUGGCGGCCGCAGUGGAGCCGCAACUGGCACAAGAAGGACGUGUACCGCCGUAUGUCGCGGGAGCUGACCGCCAAGGCGUACCGGAACGUGACGGCGGCGCAGGUGGAGGAGCUGGCCCGGCGGCGCUUCGAGAAGAGCGCCCGGGCCUUCAUGCAGCGGACGCUCCAGCUGGGCACGCGCCUGCGCCCCGACGGCCUUUGGGGCUUCUACCUCUACCCGGACUGCCACAACUACAACCUCCACGAGAACGACUACACCGGCCUGUGCCCGCUGCUGGAGAGUCUGAGGAACGACGAGCUGCGCUGGUUGUGGAACAGCAGCACGGCGCUCUACCCGUCGGUGGCCAUCCGCAAGUCGCACGCCAACAGCGUGGGCAACCUGCACUUUGCCCGCCACCGCGUGCGGGAGGCGCUGCGCGUGGCCUCGCUCACCUCCAACGACUACGACCUCCCCACAUUCGUCUACCUGAGGCUGGGAUACCGAGACGAGCCGCUCGCCUUCCUCACCACGAAGGAUCUGGUCCAGACCAUCGGCGAGAGCGCCGCGCUGGGAGCCGCCGGAUUCGUCAUCUGGGGAGACCUCAACCUGACCACGUCGCGGCACAACUGCACCAAGGUGCGCUGGUUCCUGAGCCACCGUCUGGGCCAGUACAUCACCAAUGUGACGCGGGCCGCAGAGUUCUGCAGCGACUUCUUGUGCCAGAACAACGGACGCUGCAUCCGCCGCAACCCGGGCGCGCGCCACUACCUGCACCUGAACGCCGCCACCUACAGCAUCCGCCCCGCAGGGGGCGACGGCGACUUCAGUGUCAGCGGGUGGCACUCGCCCAGGGACCUUCAACUCCUCCGGGAUCGCUUCCGCUGUCAUUGCUACGAAGGCCACCGGGGCGAGCGCUGCGACAGCGCAAAUGAGGUGCGGGAGGAGGACGACGGACCGCCGGGUGGGGGCGAGGACGACGACGACGACGAGAAGGAGCGACGGAGGGCCGAGUGGGAGGAUGAGCAGGCGGGCCAGGCGGAAGAGGGUCGUAGCGGGGCGCCGCCCACCCUCGGCCCUGCCGGUCUUUUGACACUCUCCAUGCUCUUGUUGAACUUUCAAGAAACACUUUUCUCAUUAGUAUGUUAACGGUGACGCUAACAUGCUAACAACUGCGCAUCACAACGCAGCUCAUCUGAAUGUAAUGAUUCCAAGCCGACCUAAAUCCUUGGUCAAAGGUUCGUCAAGCUCUCCAGUCACGUUUGUCACGUGAUGUUUUGCCGAGGGUUCGCCCCGACGCAAAAUUUGCAAAUAGUAGAUAGCUUAUAUCAUGGGCAUCAUACUCCAACCAUUUUCACAUUUACCAAGGAUAAAAAUAGUUCACAACAGCUAAUGGUGCUGGUUGCCAUUAACACUUUUUAAUUGCUAACGAGGACACAAGUACACAAAAUAAAGUUAACAUUAUAAUUACUGUAAAAAAAAAAAAAAAAAGGGAUCUGAGGCCACUCUUGCGCUACACUGCUAGCUAUGCUAACAGUGCUAACUAUGCGCCAUCCCUCUUUUUGUACCUUUGAAAAUGAGAUUGUUGGCUUUUGUUCCCCGGCGAAUGUGAGCUAAUGAAGCCGACACACGUGUAUGGCUUCUACCACUAGCAGGUUGUGUUCGUGGGUUGCGACGAGUAGAAGCUAAAAGUUCUACUGCCAAUCAAAAACAAGAGGCAAUGUUGUUGCAUAAGAGAUCUCAUUUCAACUAAAAGCUUGAUCAUUUAUUUUUCUCUGUGGUUUGAUUCUGUUGAAUCUGUGAUGCUAAAAACAACAAAAGGUUUUUUGUUUUACAGUUAGCGAAUGCUAAUGUCUAACAAUAAGCUCUUUGCUCAGCGUGAAGUUUGAAAUAAUGGUACAGCUUCUUUUCAUUUCUCACUUGAUUUUAUUAGCGUAACUAAACAAGAGUAUUUUGUCGUACUCUCUUGACUUGAGAGCGCUUUUUUAUUUAGGGGAAUUGAACUAGCGGAUGUAGCCGCAACGAACACUGAAGAAGAAGUCGCCGUCGGCACAUAGCCGAGCUGAAGUUAUGACUCGGUGCUUUUCUGUGGUUCUUCACUUCCUCCUCAUCACAAAUUCAUCAAACCUUUUGCCUUGCCUCCUUUCUCCGAGUUCUGCCAACCAUCCUGAAUCAGAUCAGCAGCAAAAAUGAUUGGUCACAAUAUGAUAGUCGCGGUAUUAUUUUGAUAUUGUUGCCGUGAGCACAAUCUGCCGCUAAAAAUAUUAAUAGUGUUUGUGUACGUCUACAGUAGCAACCUAUUUCUGUGUUGAUACACAGGCUAAAUGCCAAUUGCGUUCUGGCAAAGUGCAAGCCGAGCACGUUAGUCGGCGUUGACCACAAAAGUCUCAAACUGCCGGCCCGCGAGACGCUAAUUUGUGGCCCCCACCUUAUCGGGAAACGUUAACGUCAGUGCGGCCCUCCACGUUUUCCGUGAACGGCAUUUUUACACUGUUGUGUGCGGAGCUGACGAGCCUGCCGAUCUCGAUGGGCUCUCGGACUCUCGGGGUCUCGGGCUCGCGGCCUCUCGGGCUCUCGAACUCGCGGGCUCCCGGGCUCCCGGGCUCCCGGGCUCCCGGGCUCUCGGGCUCUCGGGCUCCCGGCACCCGCCGGGCUUGAUACAAGCAGAGAAACAUUUUUGCAGUGAGUGAAAUUUGCAGCAGCGUUGCCAUGGAGGUUUUUAUGAGUAGUUUUGUUAGGACCCAGGGUCCUUGCCCAUCUUAUUUUGUGAGAAGACGGGACUUUUUUAAAAAUGUGAAUUUCACAUUUAAAUUGUGCAUUUGUGCCCGUGCGGCUCAGCCUCAGCCAGAUUUUGAGACCCCAAAAGUCUCAGAGGCCCACUGCUGCCAACAUCCCCCACCCUAACACCCCUCCCUUCACACAAAAUGGAGAACUCCUUCUUCGGUAUACGUAAGAUACGCCAGGUGUCAAACGCGAGAUCCGGCCCGGCGCGUCCUCGUAUGUUCUCUGCGGAAGUAAAUCAUCCGACUUUAAUGAAUGUUGCUAAGAUCGGUACCAAAAUUUCAAGCUACCAAAUGUGCUAAACAUUUGACAUUGAUCUUUUUACAGUCACUUGUGUAUAAUAUUUCUCAUUCACUGUACGGUAUAUGUUUUCCUCAACUGCCACUGCGGGAAAUGUGACCCAAACGAUUCUGACGCCGCCUCCGCCGGGUCAGAUUGUGUAUCUCCAAUAACUGCGAAAAGUCCAAGUGGUUUCCCGGCUGGUCCAACACAGCACUUCUUUGUUGUCCUUUUCAAACACAUUUUCAUCUGCCUAAUCAACUGCAACAAUUACUGUUCUUGUACUUUUAAUGUCAUCAUUGUGGAGUAGAACUUUGGGCAGGUGAAUGUCAAUACUGUA